UGUAGGCAGGAAGCCCGAGCCAGCGCUUGAGGAGCUGCGGGGGACGCGGCGGGCCCGGCGGCUCGGGCCUCCGACUCUCUGGACCCGGGCGCUAGGGCGUGGCCUUCCCCUCCAUCCUGCCAAGCCCUCCGCUCGCCCCGUCUCCUAGCAACGCCGUGACGCGCAGGCGCUCUGAGUGCUGGGCCGCCGGGACGCGCAGGCGCUCUGCGUGCGGGCCGCCCGGACGCGCAGGCGCUCUGGGUACGAGGCCGCAGCGCGGAAGAGUGAAGGAUGUUCGUCCCCAGAUCUCUCCAAGUCAAGAGGAGCGCCCCGGACGGCGGCCAGAGCUGCCCCCCGGCCAAGAAAGCGAAUCCGGACGCCGAAGCUGUGCGGUGGGAUGCGGGGAGCGGUCACCCCGCGGACGCUGUCGCCGCAGGAGACGCCGCAGCUGCCCACGGGCCGCAGGCCGGGCCCGAGCAGCGCGCCCAGGACAGCCAUCCCUCCGAAGAGCCGGUCAAGUCCUUUUCCAAACUGCAGCGCCCGGCGGAGCCCGGGGAGCCCGCGUGCGUGGUCUGCGGCCGCUACGGGGAGUACAUCUGCGACGAGACGGACGAGGACGUGUGCAGCCUGGAGUGCAAAGCCAGGCACCUCCUGCACGUGAAGGAGGAGGAGGAGGAGGGGUCGGCGCCCGGCGGCCCCCCGGGGGCCCCGCUCCCCACGCCCUACGUCUACCAGGAGCACCCCUUCAUCGCGGGCCUCCGGGAGGACCGGGUGGAGCACCUCAGACAGCAGCUGGGCAUUUGCGUGCAGGGCCAGGCCGUGGCCAGGCCCAUCGUGGACUUCGAGCACUGCGGCUUCCCCGCGACCUUGAACCUCAACCUGAAGGCGGCCGGCUACGAGGUGCCGACCCCCAUCCAGAUGCAGAUGACCCCCGUGGGGCUCCUGGGGCGGGACAUCCUGGCCAGCGCGGACACGGGCUCGGGGAAGACGGCCGCCUUCCUCCUGCCUGUGAUCAUGCGCGCUCUGCCCGAGGGCACGUGUCCGUCCGCGCUCGUCCUCACCCCAACGAGAGAGCUGGCCAUUCAGAUAGAGAGACAAGCCAAAGAGCUGAUGAAGGGCCUGCCCCGCAUGAGGACCGCGCUGCUGGUGGGGGGCCUGCCCCUGCCCCCCCAGCUGCACCGCCUGCGGCAGCAGGUCAAGGUCGUCAUAGCAACCCCCGGCCGCCUUCUGGAUAUCAUGAAGCAGAGCUCCGUCCAGCUCCGCGGCGUGAAGAUCGCGGUUGUGGAUGAAGCCGACACCAUGUUGAAGAUGGGGUUCCAGCAGCAGGUGCUGGACGUCCUGGAAAACGUCCCCCACGACUGCCAGACCGUCCUGGUCUCGGCCACCAUCCCCGCCAGCAUCGAGCAGCUGGCGAGCCAGCUCCUGCGCGACCCCGUGCGCAUCACGGCCGGAGAGAAGAACCUGCCCUGCCCCAACGUGCGGCAGAUCGUCCUGUGGGUGGAAGAGCCCGCCAAGAAGAAGAAGCUGUUUGAAAUCCUAAACGACAGGAAGCUCUUCCGGCCGCCCGUGCUGGUGUUCGUGGACUGCAGGCUCGGGGCGGACCUGCUGAGCGAGGCCGUGCGGAAGGUCACGGGCCUGAGGAGCGUGUCCAUGCACUCGGAGAAGCCGCAGACGGAGAGGAGGAGCAUCCUGGAGGGCCUGCUUGACGGGGCGCACGAGGUGGUGGUGAGCACGGGCGUCCUGGGACGAGGGCUGGACCUGGUGCGGGUCAAGCUGGUGGUGAACUUCGACAUGCCUUCGAGCAUGGACGAGUACGUGCACCAGGUCGGCCGCGUGGGGAGGCUGGGCCAGAAGGGCACGGCCAUCACCUUCAUCAACAACAACGCCAAGCGGCUCUUCUGGGACGUGGCCAAGCGGGUGAAGCCCACGGGCUCCCUCCUGCCGCCGCAGCUGCUCAACUCGCCGUACCUGCGCGACCAGCAGCGGCGGGAGCAGCAGGGCGACCGGCAGGCCCAGAACCCGCUGGUCACGGGCGCCAACCUCAUGGACAUCAUCAGGAGGCACGACAAAAGCCACGCGCAGAAGUGACCCGUGGCGCCCCCCCCCAACCCCCCCUCCCCCCCGACACACCGAGCGCGGCCGUCGGGGACCUUCUGUGCGUGAGGACGUGCGGUUUGAGUAACCGGGACGAGGACAUGAAAUAAAAAUUAAAA